CUGGACUUAUAUCAACAAUUGUUUUAUGUAAGCCUUUUAUUACUUUCUUUUUAUGUUACAAAAAUCUUUUUUUUUCGGUACUGAUUUAGUUAUUGAAGGAUUUGUCUUAAGUAUACUUGUUCAUCAUAUUAAACUUUAAUUGAUAUCAAUAAAUUCUAUAUAAAUGGAUCCAAGACACUGGAAUUGUUCACAAGUAAUCCAAUGGUUGUCUUCUUUUAAUAGAAACCAACAUGUUCUCGAUGUUUUUUGCAGUGAGUAAUAUUUUUAUGUCAUCAAAAAAUUGUUAUUUGUGUCAGUUGUGCAUUGACAGCAAAUCUUAUCGUACAUUCCGAAAAUUAUUUCAGCAUGUACAAUAUGCUCAUAAUGGAGAACCUAACUUUAGAAUUCGAUGUGAGUUAGGACCGUUAUGUGGAACAAGUUACUCCACAUUUGCAGCUUAUAAAAGUCAUAUUUAUAGAGAACAUGUAGAUCUUCUUAAUGAUAGCUCAUGUAAAGAAGAAAUGCAACUUGACAAGAAUGCUGAUAAUGGUGAAACAUUAGCUUCAACAUACUGUGAAAAUCAGUUGGAUUUUGAUAUUGACAUGAAUGAUAUGGAAGAUGAACAAGAUAAUAUAGUAGAAGAAACAUCUAUUGAAGAUGUGAUAUGUUGGCCAACGCUUAAAGAGAAAAUACCUUCAUUAUCAGGAAAUAAGAAAGAUUUAGAUUCUUUCGAAAAGUUUUAUUUACAGUUUCUUCUUGAUCUGAGAGAAGGUCAUUCUCUACCACAAAAUAUCGUUCAAACAGUCACGUCCGGAGUAAGAUCGUUGAUUGAAUUCAUUUAUGAGUUAUUAAAAAGUCAAGUUAAAAGCUCAUCGAUCAAGGAUCAAAAAACGGCUUGUUCUCACCCAACAACGGAUUUUAUAUUAUUAACUGAUGUAAACAACAUAGUUUCAAGUGCUGUAGAAAGAAUGACCAAUAUUACUAAAAAUGAACAUCGAUUCUUGAGAUUAUGCAAAAAAUAUUUUUCCUAUGAUUCACCUAAAGAAAUAAAAUUGGAAAAUCCGAACCAAGUAGCAUAUUAUAUACCAAUGCAAUCCAGUAUUCAACAAAUGCUGAGUAAUUCUUAUGUGUUGGAUAUUUUAAUCAAGAAUUUUAAUCAAACUAUCAAUCGCAAUGCUUUUGAUACUGAUCUUAUGUAUGAUUAUCGUCAUGCAUCACAAGCAAAACAACAUCCAAUUUUAAAGAAUAAACCUGAUUCAUUAUUAUUUCACCUAUAUAUUGAUGAGAUUGGCUUGACGAAUCCUAUAGGAGCCAAAAAGGACACUCAAAAAAUCACUAUGUUAUAUUUUCAACUGGAAGAUUUACCUGAUAUUUUUAGAUCAAAGUUAAAAUCAAUUGGACUUUUAGCUAUGUGCCACUCCACCUAUUUGUCAAUUAAGUCAAAUAGAAUAAAGUUCUUUGCGCCGAUCGUUGAAGAUCUGAAUGCACUUCAGACGACUGGGCUCUAUAUUCCAGCUCUUGAUACUCAACUGAAUUUUGCAUUUACUAUUGUGGCUGGAGAUCAUUUAGGUUCCAAUGAUAUUGGUGGAUUUCAAAAAAAUUUUAAUAGUGGUCAGUUUUGUAGACAUUGUCAUAUAAACUAUGAUCAGAGACUUAUUCCUUCAAGUCAAAUUUCUUACCCUCACCGAACAAGAGAUCAGCAUGAUAGUCUGGUUCAACAAGUUAUAAAUUUAAAUAAUAGUAUUAUUUUACAAGGUGUUGUUGAUGUAAGUCCAUUUUCAAAAUUGAUCGGUUUCCAUGCUACAACAUCACUGCCGAAUGAUCUUAUGCACGAUUUCAAUGAGGGCCUUUGUAGUCAAAUAUUAUUAGCGAUGAUAAAGGAAGCAUCAACCAAACGUAUUCUUUCUUAUGGGGAUGUUGAAGAUAGAUUGAUGUCAUUUGAGUAUGGUCUUAAUGAUAAGUCAAACAAACCACCGAUUUUACGAAAGAAACAUUUAAACAAAGGAAAGAUUGUAGAUACCAAAGAAAUUUACAUCUGUUUACGUGAAAUUAUUAGUCAUUUAUAUGCUUCUCCUUUUCGAAAAUCUUGGUUGCCAUAUUUACAUUCUUUAACUGUUCGUUUUCAAAGUUUAAUGGUUCAUUUACUUCCUAAUCUUGUAAUAUCUAAAGUACAUUUGAUCACACAUUAUGCAAAACAAGUCGAAAUGUACGGUCCACCUAUUCGACAUUGGUGUAUGCGUUUUGAAUCCAAACAUCAAAUCUUCAAACAACUUGCUGUUAAGUCCAACAACUUCAAAAAUAUCUUGUAUACACUAUCAAAACGUCAUCAACUUCGACAAUGCCUAUUGUUAUCAUUAUCGAAUUAUUACAAAAUGAUUAAUGAAGGUUAUUCGUCAACAGAAAGAAAUUUAUAUGCAUUACCAGCUGAUGUUCGAGAAGAUAUCGAUGGUGAAACACUUUUCAAUUUACCAGAAUCAAUAAUGUACGAAAUAAUAAAACCAAUUAAAGAACGUAUACGUUUUCUGGCAGAACAUCGUGCUCUUUUUCAUAACAAGUUUCAGGAUACUUCUGAUCAAAUAACAUCGAAGAAAUAUACUGACAAUCUACCUGUUAUUAGUUCUCAACAAGUGAUUGAACAACCUGAUGCAAAUCAAUUCACGUCAAUGUCAACGAUUAUAUUUUCCAAUAAUGAUCGAAAUAAUUCUUCUACAUUUGAUUCUUCAACUGAUUCUGAAGUUGUGAAUAAAGAAACAAUGAUUUCAUUACAACAAGACAAUGACAAAGAAAAUUAUGAAGAUGAAGAACAACCACAUUUUCCAAUUAGAUAUCAUAUAUUUGAUUUACCACCAAAAAUUCAACAAAUUAUUGACAAAGGCGAUAUAAAUGGUUUUCGUGGUCAUACAAACGCUCGUCGAUUAUUACUUGAUGCUAUUUUCAUGGAUGUUACAACAAAAUAUUCUCUGUUCUAUCCUGAUACACAUGAGUACAGAUCAAUGGGUAUAGCAAUACUAGAAAAAUUAAAUAUUAAGAAUGAUAAUGAAGCAUUGAACGAUUGGAUUGAGAGCCUUAAGAAUAAAUUUAAACGUGAACGUCGUCCACUGCAACAAAUAUCCGAAGAAGUUCUGAAGAUGAAACUGAAAUUUGGUAAUCGAGGUGGUCGUCCGGUCAAACAAACUGAUAAUGUAAUCGCUGCUCGUCGUGAAGCUCAUGUUGAGUUUUGGAAUAAAGUAGAUGUUAAUGAUGAUCCUCAAGAAAUCGAUGAACAUAUUCAAUUUAUGAAGAACGAAUUAGCAAAAGAAAGCUUCGAUUUGGAUAGUAUCUUCGAUGAAAUUCAGUAUUUAUGCAAUGUUGAUGUUGAAGUGAAUUUCAGAUCUAUGCUACCAAAAUUACUUACCAAUAUUUCUGAUAGCUCAGGUUUUGUUGAUGAUCUUCCAACCGUACGUUUGAUUAAAGUUUUGUCCAAAUACUUUACUGAUUCGUGGCAAUAUGUCUUGACUUACAAGGAACCAUUAUCUCCUCGUCCAACAAUACAAGUGACAACAGAUAAGUUCUUGAUAUAUUUGGAUUAUAAUGUUAUUACUGAAACAGCAUCAAUCGAUCAAGCUUUAUGUAUUAUUAUCUCGUUAUAUGUUAUAUUUGAAUUGCAAUUUGGUACUCACAAUCGAAUUAUACAUUUAUUAUAUGGAAUAUUGUUACAAGAUCCAGCAACAUUAACAAAACAAUUACGAUUUACGUUAAAACAAUGGAACUUCGAAAUUGAUAAAAAGGAACGUAAACAAAAAACUCAACUGGUAAACCAUACAUCUACCAAUAAUAACACACCUGCACCUUCGAUCAACAAUUUACAACACCGCGGAGAAAAUGAACCUGAUUAUUUAUCUGAUGAAGAACCACCAGAAGAUUUUAUUGAAAGAACAUACAAAUUAGAUCCAUUAAUUGAAGUAAAAAAACAAUUGUCCAAAUAUGCAGUCGGCAAUGAUGUUGAAAAUCCGACGAUGACAACAACGAUUGAUGCUAAUGUAGAUCAUACAAGCAAUAAUUCAAAAAAAACAUCACAAUCAUUCUCAUCAUCUACUGCAACAACUGAUUCUCAAUCACUGAUACAUUCUUCUUCAUUAAAACAAAGACAUGUUGAAACAUCAAUUUCAGUCCUUUCAGACGAAAACAGGUUAUAUUCAGUCAAAAUGGAACAUGCAAUGAUAAAAAGCCAAAAAGAACUGCCACCAACGAAACCACCAAUUCAUAUUGCUUCAUCAAAAAAACGCCGACCUAAUCCUGAAGAGCCUAUAUCAUCCCGUUUAAAACGCUCGAAGAAAAACAAAUAA